UGUCAAAGCGAGAAUAUUGUCGGCGAAUUUCUCGCCGCGGUUCGCUUUCGUGACACUUUUCAGCGUUUUUUGCGUCUUUCUGUCUCAUAAUCGGAAUCGCCGAGCGAAAUUCUUCUUUAGACAAACCGUAGUGUGGACACGGGGUUCCGGUGGCGCUGCUGACAGCGCCAUCGUGUCGUGGAAGAAGAGCGGAGAGCAGCGGAGAGACAGAGGUGCGGUGUUGCGUGACUGGGUGCGAGCGAUCGUAGCGCGUGUGUGUUUGUUGUGUUGCGAGAGUAUUUUAAGCGAGUUUUAAAUUCUUCGUAUUCUCCUUUUCGUGCGCGAGAACUGACGGGCGAAAUUCGAGGAAAAGAAACGUGUCGAAAGUCGAAACUUCGGGAGAAACGGAGAAAAGAGAGUGAGCAAGAGAGAAAGAGAGAGAGAAAGAGUGAAACUAAGAGGGAGCGAGCGAGAAGGGGAGCACGCGUCGAUAGGAGCGAGAAGACGACCAAGAGAAACAGUGUCGUCGCCUAAUCCGCUGACAAAGGAUCGUCCGCACGAUCGACACGACAGACAGAGACAUGUCGUCCUACAUUCAGGUCGCCGAGGAUGAGGGCGAGGAGCCCAUCGAGCUACCCACCGAGGACGAUACCACGCUCCUGCUCACCACCCUGUCCGCCCAGUUUCCCGGCACCUGCGGCCUCAAAUAUCGCAAUCCGGAAUCGCGGACGAUGCGCGGCGUACGACUGGUCGACGGCCGUCUGCAUCCGCCCGAGAACGGCUGGGGCAAGGCGAUCUACUUCUGUGUGUUCCCCAAAGAGAACAAACGUAAAUCUGAUGACAAUUUGGAAAAUUCCACAGCUAAGACUAAAAGAAUGGAAACGAAGUUGCGUUGCACUGACUUGAUUGUACUCGGUUUACCAUGGAAAACUACCGAACAGAACUUGCGCGAGUAUUUCGAAACGUUUGGUGAAGUUUUAAUGGCUCAGGUAAAAAAAGAUGCAAAAUCUGGGCAAAGUAAAGGAUUUGGCUUUAUUAGAUUUGGAAGUUAUGAAUCGCAGUUGAGAUGUCUCGCUCAACGUCAUAUGAUAGAUGGCAGAUGGUGCGAUGUCAAGGUUCCCAACAGUAAGGAGGGAAUGAUUCAGCAAGUACCCUGCAAGGUAUUCGUCGGCCGCUGUACAGAAGACCUAACCGCUGAUGAUCUGCGAGACUAUUUCUCCAAAUUUGGCGAAGUCACGGACGUGUUCAUCCCGAAACCCUUCCGCGCGUUCUCGUUUGUCACUUUCCUAGAUCCCGAGGUCGCCCAGUCGCUGUGCGGCGAGGAUCACAUUAUCAAGGGUGUGUCGGUACAUGUGUCGAAUGCCGCGCCCAAGUCCGAGGGCAAUAAUAAGAACUUCAAUAAUCAAGUGAAUUCGAACAUGAGGGGUGGCAGGGGCGCGCCGGGACCCGUUGAUAAUAACGUGCAAGGCAAUUAUCAGGGUAAUCGUUACAUGGGUCAUUCGGGCAACAAUAUGGGCCCAAAUGGUUGGAAUAAUCCGGGCAAUCGUGGCAAUCUCGACAUGCCGAAUCUGCAGGCUUUGGGUAUCACAGGACAGAACAAUGGCGGUGGCGGAGGCGGUGGUAUGUCGAAUCCGUUGGCUAUGGGCGGGUUGAAUCUAUCCGCGUUGCCAGUCAAUCCGGCAUUGGUGGCCGCUGCCUUGAAUCAGGCGUCCUGGGGCCUGAUCGGCAACUUGCAGAAUCAGGGAAACGAUCAGGGUUAUUCGAACCAGCCGGGUCCGCCGGGGCAGCCGCCUUCCGGCAAUAACAGCAUCGGCAAUAGCGGUAAUUCCGGCUUCCUCAGCUGGAUGAAUCAAGGCGGUGGCGAUGGCAAUACUGGUAACCCUGGCACCGGCGGCCCCGGCCCGAAUAACCCGAACGCAUCCCAGGGCGCCUGGCAGAAUCAUCCGGGCCAGCGCGAUCAAAAAUCGAAUACCUUUCUUAAGUACGAGUAAAUUCAGCCGGGGCCGUGGGUCUACUCGUAAAACCAAACGGAUCCUCUGUCCACGGGUCCCGACGCAAGAACCUUGACAAAUCUGAUGAAAGCAAAUGAAGGGUGGAUCAGCGGGUCGAGAGUACAAAAAACGCGCAUCGACCCUAUCAACAGGAUAAAGAGCCAGAGCCUAUAGUAUGUUGACAUUUUUUCUAAUAAAAUUUUGCACUAAUCUGCCACUAUUGCGUGUAUUAUAAUAUUUCGAGACUCUCCCCACUCUCUUAUUGGUUUGAUGAAUUAGCACAAUUCCAAUUCGUUGAAAGAGUUUAGGCUUACGUGUAAUGCGUGGAUAGCUUUGAUCAUCAUGCGUGCUUUUGUGUGAUCUCUCUAGUGUGAAGCGUACGAUCUAAUGGUUAAUGAAAAAAUCGAUAUGUAUGGUGUUAAUGGAUGUGAACGAUAUAGCGUUACAAUAAUGUAAUUAUAUAAAACGUACAUGAAUGUGCUUUUAAUGUACCGUUUGGUAUAUGAAUGGUUUACAUGUUAAGAGUAUCUAAGAAAUCUUUGAGUCCGAAGAAGACUUGCGCUAUUUUGGCAUUUAAUUAUUACGAUAAAAAAACAGUAUAUAUAUAUAUAUAUAUAUAUAUAUAUAUAUAGAAAAUAUAUAUAUUUACAUAUAAAAUUGCUACUGCUAUCAUAUAGAAAUCACAAAUUGAAAACUACAAGACUACAUUUGCAUUAUUUCUCUUUUCUUGUAAUUAAGUAUAUAACAUUCGAGAUAUUGAACAAUUAUUAAAUUAUCAAAAAGUUGGAAAUAGAUCAAGUUUUUUUAUUACACAAAUUUCUCCAAUAUAUAAAGAAGAUUUUAGAAGUGUACAUACUUUCUAAGAGAUAAGUUAAAUUCGAGAUUUAAUCGCAUUUUUUAUUUAAUUGUUAGCCAUAGUUAACUAAGAUUUUUUUCCUCAUUAUAUAUACAAUUGCGACACAACUAAAGAGGAGACUGAAAAAUGAUUAACCAGCAAAAUUAAUUAACCAUGACUAUCGAUGUAUAAAACGGAAUAUGGCAAUAGACGCGAAAUCAAUUAACUGACUUAUUAUAUAUGUUGAAUUGAAAGCCAGAUUGCUGGAUAUUGCUUUUUGUAAAAAGCCUUUAUUUGUUAUAUAAUGAGAUACAUAAAUCGCGCAUUUUAACAAUAUUAAAAACUACACAAGGUGUUUCUUUUGAACAAAGAUUUCUUGAUCAAUUUAAUAAAAUCAAUUUGUCCUUUAUAUAUUCAUAUUGUAUAUAUUCCGCGGUUUUUUAAUUCGGGGAACGUAAUGUAAAUGUAAAUUUGUUGUUACUUGCAAAAACAAUUUUCUUUUGAAACGGAAUACUUUCGAAAUAUUAUACACAGACACACACACACACACACACACACGGUCGUGUGUUUCUGAAAUAUUUUUACUUUUAAUUGUAAGAGUUUCUAGCAAAACUUUUUCGACGUGCAUAAUAUUUUCUUAUCUCACAAUUUUUGUCAUAACUAGUCUAGCAAACCACUCUUAUCACACACAAUUCUUUAAAGGUAUCCAUUCUCAAAAAUAAUGCUGAAUAAAGGAUAUUUUAAUCAUUCAAACGACGAUUACAUUAAAUAUCAUAAAAUGGACUGAUAUAAAAAGAAAGAUUUUGUAACACAAAAAAAGAUAUAUUUUUAAUAUCUAAAAAGAUAUUGAGAUUAAAGUUCAAUGAUUAUCUCAUUAAAUAUCUUUUUAGACAUUAUUGACAGAUUGAAAUUUUUUUUGAUUAUGGUGCAAAGUUACCUCUGUUGGCGCAAUCUUAUAUUUUACAGUAGUUUCUUUCCUAUUUUGCGAAAGGUUGCCAAAACAUUGAUAGGAUUCUUUGAGACAGAGAGUAUAAAGCGAUCAGUAUGACUGUUUGAAAGCGUAUGAAUGUGUUUGAAUAAAUUGCAAGACACCUAGAGAUUGAUCGCAGCUAUCCGUAUUGUAAAUUAUUAUACCGAUUUUUGAACUUCUGUUUCAAAUAUCUUAUAUAUAACACAUAAGUAGUCUAUUAUGUAAGAAUUUUACACUGAUGUGUGCAAGUGUGUCAAAAUUAUUGAUUGGUUGCGCGUGAAAGAAGGCAUUUGAAUUGAUCAAAUUUUUCUAUCUUAAUUGAGUGAGUUCUUAAGGAAACCACAGAAAAAAAACUGAUUUAGAUGUCUUAUACGUAUGUGUAUAAUGUGUCGCAAGUUUUGAGUGAAUACCUUUGAUAGUAAAGACUUUCAAACUGUUUCUCCUAUGAUAAUAAAAAUAAUAAAAGAAAUAGCUUUACACACAGGUUGAGAAUAUUUAUUUUUCAAAAAAAAAAGAAACAAAAAACGAAAGAAAGAAAAAGAAAGAGACAAGUUAGCAACAUACGAUGAGCAAAAAUGCAACUCACAUCUCACAAUUAUAGUCAAUAACUUUAACAUAUGUCGUAAUUAAACUUAAAAACUGCAUUCGUCACCGCGAUAUCACUGUGUACGCUACCAUUAAAAAAAUAAUUUAGAUUGAGAUUAUCUCAAAGAGAAUACACUAAUUAUCUAAUUAUAUUAAUUGAAAGAAUAAAAUAAUUCUUGUAAGAGGUGUAUGUGCUGUUGUGCUUUUCAUUUAUCAUACAGUGAUUUCUCAUAAACUUCCUAUACUCGACGCAAGAUAUUACUUAAUAAUACAAUUUUCUAAGAAUAAUACUCUCGCACUCUUUCUCUCUCAUUAUAGUGUGAGUUUUCAUCGAUAUGCGUGUAUAGAUGAGAAAAUCUCCUCUACUAUGAAAAUGUCGAUUGGAUUGUUCGACGCACAUAUAUGUGUAUAUGACGGUCAAAUGUAUUUGUUAACGGUCGUCUCAGAACUACAGGCGUGACAGAGUUUUUACAAAAGUAAUGAUAAUGUCGCUUAUCUAAUGAACGCGUGUACUUGAUAGUACGAGAUGAAGCAAUGAGAUGACUGAAUAAUAAUAUAUAAAGCGUGAAAAAUUAUUAUGGUGCAAGUCUUAUUGUUAGAUGAGAAUGAGUAAAAAGUCGUCCAAUGUAUGUCUGAUAUAUACUUAGAGAUUGCAGGAGAAGAGAUUGUUUAUAUACGUAGCAUAUGUAAAAAGAAAAAAGCUAAAUCAGAUUCCGAUUUAAGGGAUGGACGGUAUGGAUUUCAUUGAUCGCGCAUUCUUACGUCUAUAAAUUGUUAAAUCGAUCUACAGAAGAGCUGUAGUUUAAGACAACUUUUAACAGACACUAGAACCGUACUUAGCUUGUUGCUGAAUUGGCACGAAUGUUCGCGUUUCAAUUCUUUAAUGUCUGGAAAUAUUUUCAGGGAAGAUGCACAGAGUUCCUUACAAUACAAAAAGUAAAAUAAAGUGACUCAUACAAGAAGUAAGAUAAUAUCGUUGUACGAUAGACAAUAGUAAAUUGAUCAGUUCGAACAUUCGUGCGUGAAUCGUGAUUAUGGAUCUACGUGAUCUGACAAUCAAAUUCGUAGACACUUUUUCUCUUGCCACUGCAAAAUAUGUAGUCAUUCUCUCUGUUAUAUUCUAAACAAAUUUCGUUCUCUAACAUAAUGUGAAUAAUAUGAGCAUUGUUUAAAAAAAAGAACAGAGAAUCAACAUUAUAAAUAUUCAUGUUUAAUUUGGAAAAAGUGAAGAAGAAAUUAUGUAAAUGUAUUAUAAGAUAAAAUCUUAUAUAUAUAUAUAUAUAUAUAUAUAUAUACUUUAAAAAAAUUAUAUAUAAAAUUUAUUUAAACUUCAAUACAUUUUGUUCUUAUUAAACAUAAAAUGAGCAGUAUUGGAGUUUAAAUAAAUUUUGUCUAUGAUUCUAACUGUCAGAUCAUGUAUUUUUUUUCAAAUCGUUUAAGAUAGCGAUGCCUACGAUUGGCAUGUUCGUGAUCCCUCAAUUAGUCUCGAGAGGUUUCGCGCGCGAUGUGAGUACUCGAUGCUCAAAGGAUGCCUUGCAAAAUGAUUUGGAAAUGAUCUGCGAAGCAUGUAAAUACAGAUUGAUAUAAAGCAAUUUAAUAUCGCUCAGAAAAUGUAACGAAUUUUAUUGUAGAGUUAGUUGCGCUCUGUAAAUUGCUUGGUAUUGUGUCUCGAGAGAGGGGGAGAGGAAACGAAAAACUAUGCAUGAGAAGUUCGAGACGUGUGUCGUGUGAGAAUGUUGAUUUUAAUCUGUCAAUCUCUCGGCCAUUGGGCGUGAAGGGGAAAGGGGAGAUUUGGACUUCUCGUCAAGAAAGGACACGGUGAGAAUCCGCAUCCGACAGUCUUUUACAUUUUUAAGAUAUAAAUAAGCUGAAUAAGAAUUGAUGUCGAGGAUUUUUUUAUGUGUAUGCGAGAACGAUCUCAUGACUUGUGUGUAUCGAAAUUCGUUGAAAAAAAAGUGUCGAAAUCCUUUUGUCCACGACGAGAAUUACCAUGUGUCGCGUGAAACUUUGUAGGUGUGAAUAUUAAUCCGACGAUCGCGCAAACGGCAUUCGUAUGUAUAUGUUUCCCAAUUCGUACUGACAAUUUUACAUAAAAUUGUAAAAUGUUUCGACAAGUUUGCCGUGAUGCGAAAAUACUCAAUGCUCUCCGUAACGUUCUCCAUUGAUUGUAGUGUAUGUUAAACUAUGCCGAGAAUAAAAAACCCAAGUACCGUGGGUUAUCACAGA